UUCAGAAAACUGUAGAGUUUCUCUUCUCCAGGAUUACAUUCCAAUGAUGUGAAUUUUGGAGAUAGGGCCAUUUUGCCUCCUCCCUGUGCCCUUUUCCUUUCUGCCCAUUUCCUUUUCCUUUUUGACCUCCCUGCAUUCUCUCCUUGUUUUGCCAAGCCAGCAAAUGGUCUAGCACGAAACCUCUGCAUCAUCUUGUCUGGGAGGCAAGAAAAUCCGUGGGCAGCAGGUGCCUCAAGCCCGGCAUCUUAGCUUCCCGCUCCAUCUUCACUGCAGCUCUCGCUAGGCGACAGAGCGAGACAAGAGAACAAGGCACAAGGCGAGCGAUUCUGGCUGGGCAUCUGGCCAAGAGGCUUCUUCUGUCUUUGCCUGCUGGAUGAGCAUGUUUUGAAAAGAUCAGUCUGUGGAAGGAGGUGGAGGAUGGGGUGGGGGAGCAGCGUUCCCCUUCCUUCACACUCCAUCCUGCAAAAGAAGAGAGCCAGUCUCAGGAAAGGAAGGAAAAAAGGUAGAAGGGUUGCUUCUCUCCCUUCCACGACACCAUCUAGAGCUGUGUAGAGAUCGCAGACGAAGGGAUGCCAGCCACCAUCAUCUCCAAAAGAAUUCAAAGAAAAGAGUACAUGCUCCAUCUCGUAAUAUUCAGAAGUGGAGGAAUGCCGAAAUCUUCCACACCAAGCAGCUGAAAAAGAACAGACUUUUUCAUACAGUCAAAGGAAGAGGACAUCCAAUAGCUGGAUUCUAGUGUCUUAGGGGAAAGCAAUCUGGAUUUCCCUUCCCAUCUCUAGAAAACGAGAGACUAAGUAUUCCUAAGACAAGCAAAGGAGGGUUGUGUGCCCUGCGAAAAAGACGUGGAUCAUGUUGCCAGCCCGGGAAGCAGCAGCGCUCUACCAGACGGAUUUUGUGCGCAAUGCCAGGGCGGUGGGUGCCCUCUGGGCUGGCUGUACCCUCUGUUUUGGCAUCCUUGAGGUUGUGGUGCUGAUCCAGCCAGCAUGGGUGCAGACAGCAUCCCUCACCUACGAGUUGCCCCCUUCAGGGAUCCUUUCUGACCCCAGUGUGAGUGCCAUUGGAUCUUUCGGCCUCUACCAAGUCUGCACAGAGCGAGACAACGUCCUUCAGUGUGAGGGGUCUCUGGUCACCCUGACGCCCAUCCCAUCCUUCAAAGCAGCCGCCGUCUUUGUCCUGAUGGCCCUGGUGCUGGUGAUGGGCAGUGUAGCUUCCUUGGGUCUCUUCUGGUUCUGCAGCCCUGGGACUGUCUACAAGGUGGCCGCCUGGCAGCAGCUCUCAGCAGCAACUUGCCAGGCCCUUGGCUGCCUGGUUUUCCCAGAUGGCUGGGGAGCGCCAGAAGUGAGGGCUCUCUGUGGCCCUCGGGCGAGGAGCUACACCCUGGGUGCCUGCAGCAUACACUGGGCCUUCACCCUGGCCUUGCUUGGCAUUGCGGAUGCCCUGGUCCUAGCCACGCUUGCUUUCGUGCUGGGAAACCGACAGGAUGCUCUGCUACCCGAAGGCUAUGCACCACCCCAUGAGGGGAGAGGUGUUGCCUCAGCAUUGAGUCCAGACUGA